AUGGACACAAAUGUGAAGCUUACUACUGAGGAAUAUGAUGAUCAGUUGGAAGACAAGGGUCCAAAAGAUCCACUAUUAGCAGACGUUAGUGCAUAUCAGAGAUUGAUUGGCAAGUUAUCAUACUUAACUGUGACUAGGCCUGACAUAGCAUUCGGUUUCCAAACACUGAGUCAAUAUCUUCAACAGCCUAAAAAAUCUCACAUGGAUGAAGCAAUAAAAAUUGUGAAAUACAUCAAGUCACAACCAGGACAAGGAAUCCUUAUAUCUAGUGCACCUAUUGAAAGUGUAACUGCCUACUGUGAUGCUGAUUGGGCAACCUGCUCACACACCAGAAAAUCUGUGUCAGACUACUUGAUCAAACUUGGUCAAUCAUUGAUAUCAUGGAAAUCAAAGAAACAAACAACUAUAUCUAGAAGUUCAGCAGAGUCUGAAUACAUGAGCAUGGCUUCAACUAUUUCAGAAUUCACAUGGAUUCUCAGUCUAUUAAAGGAACUAGAUUUCAAGAUUGCUGCCUGUCAAGCUAUUUAG